UUCACUGUUUCUGUACUCUUGUGUACAUUUGUCUAUCCGACGGUUUGAUAAAUUUAUAUAUAGUUUACUAUUCAACGGAUUAUAUCCUUGUCCUCGUUUAUAUUAGUGUCCUUCACCCGAGAGUUUGAGAGAAUUGCUUGCAAAUUCAACAGACAAAAGAGAGUGAGUGAGAGAGAUUGAACAUAUAUAGAUGGUGAGGGAAUGGAAGGAAGCAGCACGAGGGGAUGGAGGCAGCAACGCUGAAAGCUUAAGCAGCAGCAGCAGUGCAGUUUUGAUUUUCUGGGGUGCGUUGGUCAUGCUGUCUCUGAUUACAGCUAUCAUCUUUGCCUGUGCAGAUGGUGCAUCCAAAGAAAAAGACUCUGCAGCCCACACCAAUACCUAUGGCACAGCUUGUGCUGCCGGCUGUGGUGGAGGCUGCGGUGGUUGAUUACUCUUUCCCAUCAUCGCUCUCUCUGUGUAUCGAUCAUAAGAGGCACGAGAAUGAGAUUCAGAAGCGAUAUGAUAUCUGUUACCAAGCAUUGCUACCUUUUUUGUUUUGAAGUUAUUCAUGUUAGAGCUAGUGUUAGUUUCUUCCAACCAUUUUAACUGGUUAUAAAUUCAAUAAUUUCUUAUGCAAAAAUGGGCUAAUUCAAUUCAAUAAUAUCGUCGUCAAGACCAAGUAGCAGAAGCUCAUCAAAAUAUUGCAGAGAAAGUAGUGGAGGAUAUUACUGGGACUGCAUGGAAUGGUGAUCACUACACAGUUUCGAGUAGGGAGCAAUUCGGAGGAUGAUGGAACUAAACAGUUGCUGACAUGUCUGAACGAAGUGGAUCGAAAAGAAACUCCAGAUUUUCCAAGGGGAAAUAGAAAUGAAAUUGCAUCUGAUCUAUUGACAAAAGAAAGAAGGAGAGAAAAAGGGAAAGAAAAAAAAUCUUCCCAAAGGAGAUCAUCCCUUAUCUCUGCAGCUUUCUUUAUUUCAAGUGGCUAAUAGUUUGACACAUUUGUGCCAAUCUUUCCCAUAUUUUUUCACGUCUAACACCAUCAAGCCACACAACUUGCUCUUACUUUAUCC